GAGAUGGAGACUUUUCCGGCCGUGUUUUCAGAAGCCCUGGGGUCGUGAUUGCUAGGGCGGAUCUUCGGUUUGCUCAGUAGCCGCAGCGGUCGAGAAUGAGCGGAACCCUGGGAAAGGUGCUUGGCGUGUGCACUAAUACUGUGUCUAAGGGCUUUUCCCUCCUAAGAUUCAGAAUUUUGGGAGAGAAUCCCAUUUAUUCUGCAGGUGGUGUUCUGAGGACCAGUCGGCACUACAAGACAAAGCCCACUCACGGCAUUGGAAGAUACAAACACUUGGUGAAAGUGCUAGAGCCCAAAAAGAAGAAAUCGAAAGUAGAAGUGAGAGCCAUUAAUGUGGGGACAGAUUACGAAUAUGGGGUUUUAAAUAUCCACCUGACAGCUUACGACAUGAGUCUGGCAGAAAGUUAUGCCCAGUAUGUCCACCGCCUCUGCAACCAGCUAUCCAUCAAAGUCGAGGAAAGUUAUGCGAUGCCCACCAAAACCAUAGAAGUGAUGCGGCUACCAGACCAAGGCAACAAAAUGGUUCUAGACUCAGUCCUUACCACCCAUGAGCGAGUGGUUCAGAUCAGCGGUCUGAGUGCUACAUUUGCAGAGAUUUUCUUGGAAAUACUCCAAAGCAAUCUUCCAGAAGGAGUCAAAUUGUCAGUGAGAGAGCACACCGAGGAAGACUUCAAGGGAAGGUUCAAAGCUCGGCCCGAACUGGAAGAGUUGUUGGCCAAGUUGAACUAAAAGUACUACAAGCCCUUCGUGUAAUUGUUAGUCUCCGAGGAGUUCCUGCUGCAACACCAGAGUCAAGGAGGAGCAUGAAUGCUUGUGCUGGGAACACAUCCUAGCAUCUAUGAGAGCUACCGCUUCCCUUACCAAAACCUAGGGUGUUCUCCACCUAAUAAACAUCUGCUGUUGUCA